AUGGAUAAAGUUGAAAGGCCUUAUAGCGACAAGUCUCGUGACAGUCUUGCCUCUCAGUCAAGUCAUUCGCUAAGUGAAGAACACGAGGGACUCGUCUCUGGAGUUCCGUCCCUUCCAAAAAGAUCAAAUCGAACCCUUACCAGAUUGGUCCCGGUUUUAUUGAUUGUGUCUUUCAUCUUGAACUGCCUUCAAACUGUUUACAUUGGUGUUCGCAAACCACAAUGCCGGUCUCUAUAUGCAAAACUUCCAAAUAACGAGCUUGAGAUACCGUUUCAUUAUGCCACUGAAUACAGUGACGAUGAUCACUCAUAUGAAGAGAAGGAUGCUCUUUGGAAUGCUAUCGAUAUAAGCGAGGGAUUUGUUGCAAUCACUCACGAGGAGGCUGAUAAACUUGGCCUACCAAGGUCAAAGGUCUUUCCUUGGGAUGCUAAUAAAGGCAUGUAUGUCAGCCAUGGCCACCAUGCACUACACUGUACGGUUCUACUACAUGCGUAUACCUACGACGCACAUAUGGGAAAGAAACCACUGGUGUCAUACCAUCAUAUUGAGCAUUGUCUGGAUCUUUUGCGUCAGGAUAUCAUCUGUGACGCAAAUGAUUUGAUGGACUUUACUCAAGACCACGGUGAAAUGUUCCUGACAGGAGAAAAUCAACCCCGGAAGUGCCGUGACUGGGGAAAACUUCGCAAAUGGGUCCAGGAACGUACCGCUUGUUACAAGACUGUUAACAUUACACGAGCUGGAGAAGACCAUGGGGUUGCCCACCAAUUGGACCGCUAUACUUAUUGUCCACCAGGUAGCCCUUACGAGCCCCUCAUUAAAGCCUUCAAGGAUCUUGGUCGCGUGAAUACUGGUAACCUUGCAGAAGAUGGUUGGAAAGAAUUGACUCCAGAACAGCUUGCAGCCGAUGCCAAAGCCGUGGAAGAACACAACAACGCUAUUUUGAACGAUACACAGUGA